CUUAAGUUCAUGCAAUAAAUCAAUAACCAUAUCCGAAAUGUUUAUUUGACCAUUUGCAGUACUGUCUUGUCUGAUUGAUAGUGUAGUUGUCUCAAAACUAUUCCAAACCUUGCCAUUGCGUACCUCUUUAAGGUUUGACAGAAAAAUGCAGUUCAUGUCUGUCUGUUAAAUUCAUUGUUGCCAGCCCAACCAAUCAUAGAUUUUGACGACACAAAAGAGAGGCCAAAGUUGCAAUAUAAAAAGGGCUGCCGAAUUAAAGUAUGACACCUAUCAGUGUAGAGCCUGAUUUCAAACAGAGGCAACUCUGUAGUCCGCCUUCACAUAUGCCAAUACAUAUUACAUUUGGGAUUCAAUUUUUAUAGCAAACUCCGCACCUUAGAUAAUGCAUCUGACGCAGGUUCUGAUUUAUCUCAGUUUCAUGGUUGCUUUCGGUCCAGUGGGUCUUGGUGAUCAAACCGCGCACCACCAGCCCCCUGCCACGGAUGACGGCGAGCAGUGCUCAACAUGCGAGGUCCGACAGCAGAUCAAAAACAUGAGAUUACACGCCAUCAAGUCCCAAAUUCUUAGCAAACUGCGACUCAAGCAAGCUCCCAAUAUCAGCAGAGAUGUUGUCAAGCAGCUCUUGCCUAAGGCGCCGCCUUUGCAGCAACUUCUUGACCAGUACGAUGUUCUUGGAGAUGACAAUAAGGAUGGAGUUAUGGAAGAAGAUGAUGAACAUGCCAUCACAGAAACAAUCAUGACAAUGGCCACUGAACCCGAAUCCAUCGUCCAAGUCGAUCGGAAACCCAAGUGUUGCUUAUUCUCCUUCAGUUCGAAGAUUCAGGUGAACCGCAUAGUUCAUGCGCAGUUAUGGGUGCACCUUCUGCCAGCUGACGAAGUCACCACCGUGUUUCUGCAAAUCUCCCGCCUGAUGCCUGUCACGGACGGGGGCAGGCACAUAGGUAUCCGGUCUCUAAAGAUCGACGUGAAUGCAGGAGUCAGCUCUUGGCAAAGUAUCGACGUGAAACAAGUGCUGUCCGUAUGGCUGCGGCAGCCGGAGACGAAUUGGGGGAUCGAGAUUAAUGCGUUCGACUCGAAGGGAAAUGAUCUGGCCGUUACCUCAGCAGAAGCAGGAGAAGGACUGCAACCCUUCAUGGAGGUGACGAUUUCAGAGGGCCCAAAGCGCUUCAGGAGAGACUCGGGCCUGGACUGUGACGAGAACUCCCCCGAGUCCCGCUGUUGUCGCUACCCGCUCACGGUAGACUUUGAAGACUUUGGCUGGGACUGGAUUAUUGCCCCCAAGCGCUACAAGGCCAACUACUGCUCUGGUGAGUGCGAGUACAUGCACCUGCAGAAGUACCCCCACACCCACCUGGUGAACAAGGCCAACCCUCGCGGCACUGCCGGGCCCUGUUGCACCCCCACCAAGAUGUCCCCCAUCAACAUGCUCUACUUCAACCGCAAAGAGCAGAUAAUCUACGGCAAGAUCCCCUCCAUGGUGGUGGACCGAUGCGGCUGCUCGUGAGCGAGAGCUCUGCCGGUGAGGGGGAGGGGCUCAGCCAGGGUCUCCCCCCUGGACUUUGGGACAGAUCCAUCCACCACUACCAGUGCUUUCUGCAGAACACGGUGCAAUAGAGCCAGAAUAGCGGCUAAAGAAAUGCCCGUUCAUUCGCUGAGCAGCGCUUCCACCACGGACAUGUCUCGUUCAUUUUUUUUUUUUUUCCCCUCCUCCAAUCACAUGUUCGCAGCCACAAUGGCCUAAAACCACAUGGAUGUAGGAACACAACGCCUGUUGGACUUGGGAGUGGACGUAGUAGCCUAAAGUACGCCACAUGUUCCCACAAAACUGUUAAAUGUUACACGCUCCGUCCAGUUAUUCAAACAUACAGACAUGGAUGGACACACAUACACCAGACCUGGGUUCAAAUAGUAUUUGUUUUCUUUCAAAUACUUUGACUGUUUAAUGGAGACAGGUGGGGUUUGCACUUUGGGGAAUAAUCCAUUGAUUCCAUUGCACCAGGCAAGCACAGCUUAAGUACUGGAAAGAAAACAAAUCAUAUUUCAACCCAGGUCAGAAACAUAGGUGCACACACACACACACAGACUCAUUUCCCCCCAAGAUUUUACAGCUACGCUUACCUAUCGGUGUGAUAAUCAUAUAAGCAAUGUUUGAGAGUGAAACCGGGAAUCCUCAACGACUUUUGAAAGGGCUUGGAAAACUAUAGCUGAGGUCUCAGUCUGAACUGGCCUUCAUACAUAAUGCCAUAAACACCAUGCACACACACAGCAACAGUGCAUUCUUAUUCAACUUUUAAUCAUAGCUUUACCACCAUUCAACUGCCUGAACUGCCCUACUCACUUGAAUUAUUCUUAUUGUAAAUCAACAUUACUGGACAGGAGGACUUGAACCGGAGGCACAAUGAAUGCAGUCUACACAUUGAGAUGUGUUUAAGACAGAUAAAUAUAUUUUGAAAAGUAUGAAUGUUAAAACCACGUUUAAACUCUGUCUUACAAAUAACACAGUUUGCACUAUGGCAAACCAAUAGAAAGAAUUGGUUGCUACAAAAGUUGUAAAAUUUGUAUUGUAUACAUAUACCAUUGUUUCCAUUAGCAGUUGCCUUUCUAAACCACUGUUAGUAAAUGUAUAAGACCACAAACUAGCAAGAAAACAGUACAAAUGCGACUAUAUACCUGUUAAUCAAAUAAAGGUGCUUGCUUAUAUGUUAAGUUCAGUUAUUUCAUCCAAUAGCUUAGUAAUGGUAUUUUACUGCCCUAGGAAUUACUAGAGGCUGUGCAUGUAUUCUAGACAAGGGGCGAUGUGCUCCUUCAGCAAUGACUUCUGAAUGACACAAGUGCCAUGUGGAAUCAUAUAAAGGUCAUUUCUAACAUUCCUGUU